AGGAUAUCAUUAGCCAAAGGAAAAGCUCCGCAUUCCCACCCAGUCCAGAAGUUGAAAUAGUACCAGAGAGCAAGAACCAGUCUUUCUCUCCAGCGACAGGCUCCGUCUCCCUGCAGCGAGGGGAAACUCCGAGAGUGAGCUCAGGCGACACAGCCAGCGUCCUGCCAGAGCCCUGCGAUCCCUGCGGAGUUCCAGCCUCCCAGCACAUAGCGCAGCAGCUCAGAGCCUGGUGCAUCCUGCGGUGCUAACCCUGCUACCCAGGCGCUGGUGCCACAGCCACAUGAAGCCUGCUGGGGAGGUGGAGACAGGGUGCAGCAAGCCGGUUGGGACUGAGGCUGCCGCCGUCUCAGGGAGGCGCUGACUCCCAGGGGGGACCCCUUUCUCGUGCACGGGCGAAAAGUCUUCUCCAGGGGUCCCCUGCCAUCCUGAACAUACAGGAUGGUGUUUCUGAAGUUCCUCUGGAUGGGUUUCUUCUGCCACCUCUGUCAGGGCUACUUCGAUGGCCCUCUCUACCCGGAGAUGUCCAAUGGGACGCUGCACCACUACUUUGUGCCCGAUGGGGACUACGAGGAGAACGAUGACCCGGAGAAGUGCCAGCUGCUCUUCAGGGUGAGUGACCACCGGCGUUGCUCCCAGGGGGAGGGGAGCCAGGCCAGCCGUCUGCUGAGCCUCACCCUGCGGGAACAAUUCACCGUGCUGGGCCGCCAGGUGGAGGACGCUGGGCGGGUCCUGGAGGGCAUCAGUAAGAGCAUCUCCUAUGACCUGGACGGGGAAGAGAGCUACGGAAAGUACCUGCGCCGGGAGUCCCACCAGAUCGGGGAUGCCUACUCCAACUCCGACAAGUCCCUCACCGAGCUGGAAAGCAAGUUCAAGCAGGGCCAGGAACAGGACAGCCGGCAGGAGAGCAGACUCAAUGAGGACUUCUUGGGGAUGCUGGUCCACACCAAGUCCUUGCUGAAGGAAACGCUCGCCAUCUCUGUGGGGCUCAGGGACAGAUACGAGCUGCUGGCCCUCACCAUCAGGAGCCACGGGACCCGGCUAGGUCGUCUGAAAAACGAUUAUCUUAAAGUAUAGGUGACUGGGCACCCUGCCUGCAGAGGGUACCAGAUCUACCCUGCUGUGGAGGCUGGGGAACAGAAGACAGGGCUGACAUUUCCCUUGUACUUACAGUGUUUUUAAUCCAGAUUUGCACUUGGAGAAUGAUCUGAAGUCCUCUUUAAAAGAAGUGGGAGUUGAGUGGUUUUGUUUUACCUUAUUUAUGUGCCUGCCAUUGAUUUGCCACCUGAAAAGUUUUAAACCAUGCCUCCCACCUUUCCUACAGGCUUGAUAACUCUGCAGAGACACCUGUUUCAGCCACACCUAAAAGGGCACAAAUUAUGCAGUGCUUAGCUGUCCCGUCCUGGAGAUUUUGCGGAAAUACUCAGAAAGCUGUGUGCGUACAUAGCUCCUUUCCGCUUUCAGCCGAGUCUAGGGGCUCUGAAAGCUGUCAAGGUCGCCUGUGUCUCGGAUGGGGGCUGAGGUGUGCUCUGCGUCUGCAUCUGCACACUUGCCUGCAGAUGGAAGUUGCUUGUUUCUUCCUCACCUUUUCUCUCUUAUUUAUUACCAUGAUCUCUAAGGUUUUGUUUUUAGGAUUUUUUUUUUGGUAAGAGUAUUGGCCAGCAACUAUAUGCCAAUCAUCCUUUGCAGGAAGAUGUCUGAAGUGCUUUUCUGUGGUUGUGGGGCAAUUAAAAUGACCACAUUGAAGUCUCAACUUUGUGGUGGUUAUGCACUCGUGUUCAUAUGUUGAUUUGCUAUGUCUCGCAUCGGGUGUCUGUGUCAUCAGUGCUACAUAUGGUCCACUAGGAAGAAGUAGGUUGAUUGUUCCAAAGCGCCCCCAAAGGCCUAUGAUUUAGUUUACCAAUGUAUUCUUUCUCAUUUGGGGGAGUUGCUUCUGUUUGUUUAUGGAAACUUGUACUUCAGAUAGGGGGAAUUUUAAUAACUCCUUAUCCAAGUUUUAUUAUUCAGACAAUAAAUAUGUUCUGGUGUAA